CGUGAGCAGGCGAUUUAUGUAAACAGUGAUAGAAGCCAAUUUUCAAUGCGGUUCCACGUGUGGCCAGCAACUGAGGCUAUUGUUAUUGACAGCUUCACGCAUAAACCUGUGCCAGGUUAGAAGCAGUUUACUAGUAUAGUGGACCUCUGCGAAUAAUACCAUGUUCUAGAUACUAGCUAGUACAUUGCGACGCAAUUUUUGAAAUGCAUUUUUAAGAUUUCAAGUGGAACAAAACGUACACUCAGGUAAUCAGAAUAUGUAUGUUAGGUAAACAGAAUAUGUAGAGUAUGCGGUAUCAUAAUUUGUACAGAUUACUCAUCAAAACAAGAGCUAGUUCUUUGGCCAGUCGUGGGCAGCAAAGCAUCAGCUCCUGACCAGUUAUCAAGAAACAGAGUUCCGAAAGCUACUUUUUUUUUUUGGAACGAUCUGUUGAUUGCCUAUAAGAGCUACAUAAGACAGGUAAUCCCAUAACCAGUCCAUAUAGUAGUAAAACAAUGCGGUAUCUGGGGGUCAACUAUAGAAGAAAUUUGUGUGUCAUUAAUUAGAGUAACGACAGAGUCUCAUAACAAUUGUAGACUUUCUCUCCGUUACGCUGUUUUGACGCCUGGUUGCAUCGACAAUCUAACGCUCGAAUCAGUACGACAACAGGAAAUCACAGUACGAUGGUUCAAUGUAACUUGAGUAGAAUAGAACAUGAAAAAGCCACUAUUAUUUAAUAAAUAACCUUUUCAUGGUAAAUAAAUGCAUUGGUUCACCUAUUCGAUAAAUUUUAUGGGACUCUGGUUAGGCUGUAUAAUCAACUGUGAUAGGCAACAAACUCUAUAGGAAAUUAGAUAUAAAUACUAUACAGAAAAGGUAUCCCCGCUGCUCAUUUCUGUAGAUCUUCAAAUCUCAAAGACACACUCGCUGCCAGAAGUGUGAGAGAGUUCUGGGAAGUACACGCUUAUAGUGUAUGGCCCUUUCACUAAAGAACUCGAAAAUAGUUUUUACUUGCCUAAUAUUUGUCUCUACGCGAAACUUUACUUUUAACGGUAGAUUCAAUUCCUUCAGCCAGAUAAAAACGAAUGAUUAAUUAACAUUUUUCAGGGGUGUAGAAAAAGCAGAGGGCUUGAAGAUAAGAUCAGGACUGCUGUCUUGUCGAGACCUAAUUUCCUGAGUGAAUCAGACAACAAAGCUUCAUAUUCUUCAUGUCUCCUCCAGUUUUUAUUGUUUUUUUUGUAAAAACUUUUUUUCCUUUGAGUUGUCACUGGACGACAAGUUUCGUAGUCUUAGUGAUCUAACGCGGCUUUGUUUGUCGCAGACGACUGUACCAAUUAACGGCCAUCACAGCAGAGUUGGUAACAAUGACUCAGCCGAGCUAAUUCCCACUUGAGUACAGCACAAGAAUAGAGAAAAAGAUAAAAACUAUUUUAUUAACCCUUAUUGCAGUCUGUAUAUAUAUAUCUGUCUAUCCAGGCAGUCAGGUUAUAUUGAGCCUAAUGAUGUUUAUUUGUACCAUAACCACACGUACUUGAGUUCCGUUGUGUUCAGUUCUUCAUUAAUUCGUGAGUCUUGUUAAGCAUCGACGAUACUAGUGUCGUACAAUUAAUACUGACUGUUGUAGGAACCGGUUACCCUAUUAGACUUUUGCGACUCGUGCGACUUUGCACUCAUAUGUGCCAUAUGUAAUAACAUAGUAGUGUUCAGAGGGAAGCGCACGAGACAAGCGAGAUGUUGUUAGUGUGAGGGUUAUUCAUAUCGUCCGUAGUCUGUUUCCUUUGCUGCGUUUGUUACGGUGACUGCGGCGGUAGUAGCCGUGGUAAUAUGGGUUGUUAGUCCCAAUAGCGGAAAUCGGAAUAGAGAGAGAGCUUCGUGGUAGUGGUGGCACUAACUGACGAACGAAGCCAGCUGCUGGGUUUUGCCUGUGGUGCAGCAACAGCAGCAGCAGCAGCAGCAUCGAUGAGAGUGCUGUUUUAGUGCUAGGUACCGGCUGCAAUGGCAGCAGCAGUGCAAUGAACACCGCGCAUUCGUUAAUAAUACAUACAUACAUACAUACAACCGCCUAAGGGGGGCGAAGGCUGAACGACGAGUCGGAUGGAUAUUUCUAGCAGAGAUUAGAAAAGCAGGCAAGCGACACCCGAUAGGACCAUUGCAUUAGAUAUCGGCGUACCUCUUUCAUUCACUUAUCCAGGGCCUACAAAGGGAACAUGAUUCAAACUUUAGUAGCAAGUAAAUUUACUUAAAGAGAAUGCUUGUGUGGCCAAAGCGAUAAAGGGUUAUGGCAAUCGGGGUGUGCUAAACAAAUGUGCUGAAAGAUCUGCCUGUGUCUGAUUUGGGCUGCAAAGCUGUGACGUGAGCUAAUCGACAGGAUUGCUUAGCAGGAGGAUAUAAUUAUUUGUGUGGUGCAUGUUCAAUGUUUAUCACCCGAACUAAGUAGCUCCGUAAUGUGUGCCUGCUUACUCGUAGGCUUUAAGAGCAAAAAAAGUAGUUUUCCUAGCCAUCUUAUGCUAAAAUGUCGAAGCAAAUGUUUAUGGAAUAUUGCUGUUUUUGCAAAUCUGCUUAUUGUUUUCAUAGAUCUCCCCUUCUUCCUCGAGGAGGGUGGCAUGAAGCGGACUGGGACGGCGUCGAGAACGGACAAAAUAGGGGGCAAGUGGUUGGCACGCCGACCUCCCCAGGCGGUGACAAGAAAAAUCGUGAGAAAUCGACAGAGGGCCGCGCUGGAAAAAGGGCGGCAGGUGCAACGAUGGCUAUUGAACAUUUCAUAGAUCGGUACCGUCAGAAGAAGACGAAUGGAGAGGAGGACCACAACGGGGAAGAUGCGAACAGGGGUGAAGGACACCUUAGCGAAAACAUCCCAGAUAAAACUUGGAAAGUGAUCCUUAGCCUCGAAGAAGAGUGUAAGCUUCUACGUCAGGUUGCCAAUAUUUCGACUCCGCCGGAAGAUGAAGCUAUUCUACUGGAUCCAAAGCUGAAUGCGCUAUUCUCAAUUCAGAAGCGAUUUUCAAAGCUUGAACCUGAAGAACGGGAACCACGGUCGAAACACGCCGUUAAAAAAGCUGAAGAAGUAAAAGACUUCAUCGGGGCCUACCAGGCUUACCAUGAUGACGACGCUGCUCAACUGUUCGCCAUUCUCAACAAGCCACAUGUUAAGGCACUAUUAGAAGCGCACGAUUCUAUUGCUCGUCGGGACUACGAGCCUCCCCUGCCGUCUCCGUCAAUCGAUUUUGAUGAAGAGGUCGUGAAAGUGGUCCAGCUUGUAAAAGGAGCGGAGCCACUCGGAAUUACAGUGAAGUUUGACCCACUCAACGGGGCCGUUAAAGUUCAUCGAGUUUUACACGGCGGCGCGGCCGACCGAAGCGGUUUGAUCCAGCCAGAUGACGAAAUAAUCGAGAUAAAUGGAAUUGAUGUAGAGGGCCGUACCGCUGCCCAGGUCGACGAGGUCUUCGAACUUGUCCGAAAUUCACCCAACUGUAUUGUUAAGUUACUUCCUGCUGGUGGACCACCGCCACUUCGGGCAACGCACGUCAAUCCGUUUCACCUUCGUGCUCUAUUCGAUUACGAUCCCUUUCGAGAUCCACGUAACGAAUGUCCUGAUGCCGGCCUUGCAUUUCGAAAAGGAGACAUACUUCAUGUGAUCGCCCAGGAUGACAUGUACUGGUGGCAAGCCAGAAUUGGAGAUGAAGAGACGGUGCGCGUCGGUCUGAUUCCUACGCCGUUACUUCAAGAGAGACGAUUUGCGGCACAGCGUGAGCUCACUACGUUAAAACGCCGACGAGCAAUAAAGUCACCGAUACUCGGAGCUCGAAAAAUUCGUAAAGUGAAAAAGACUAUGUACAGACUUGAGGACAGCGAUAGUUUCGACCACGAGCAUAUUUCCACCUACGAGGAAGUUUCCUUGUUAAUGUCCUCGCAGAUCAACUUUAUGAGGCCGGUUGUACUCAUCGGACCACCUGGAGUUGGUCGAAAUGAGCUAAAACGAAGGUUGAUAGCAACUAAUCCGAACUUGUUCAGAACUACUGUGCCUCACACAUCUCGGCCGCAACGCAUUUAUGAGGUAAAUGGGCGAGAUUAUCACUUCAUUAGCCGUCAGCGGAUGGAGUGGGAGAUACGAAAAGGCCGUUUUAUGGAACACGGCGAAUUUGCAGGCAACCUUUACGGUACCUCACUGGAUUCGCUUCGUGCCCUCAUGGCUACUGGAUACACAGCUGUGCUUACACCUCAUCUACAUGCGCUCAAACUACUUCGAUCGUCAGAGCUGAAGCCGCAUAUCGUCUUCAUCAAACCGCCUCCGUUUGAAAUCCUUAAGGAAACUCGAUUAAGAACACACGCCCGGUCACCUUUCGAUCCGGACAGAAAUCGCGGUUUUACAGACGACGAAUUACGAAACAUUAUCUUUCUGGCUCAUAAAAUGGAGUAUCUUUACGGGCAGUGGUUUGAUGACGUGAUCGUCAACGAAGACAUUGAACACUCAUUUCUUACCUUGCUUGCCAUCUGGCAUUCAGUUCAGACCCAACCGAAGUGGGUUCCGAUUAGCUGGACCCAACUCAUGUGAGCCACAGCCCAGGCGAACAGAUAAUUCGAACAGCAAACAAACGGUGUCGGUUCAGGAAAAUGAAAGUUCAUUAUGCCCACAUUCACUCAGGGUUUUUAGUUCUCAGCGGCGCUGUAAACAGGUACUAGCAGACGUUUAGUUAGCCAGUUCAAUUAUACCUUCAAAUGUUCAAUAUAUGAAUAGAAAUGUAUGUAUACGUACUACUAGUUAUUAUUAGCUAGUACAAAAAUUGAUAAAUUCACCGUAUCAGUAAUUCCGAAGUAGUACAGAGCUGAACGAAGAGUUUAGCUGAUGUCGAAAGCAAAAUGCUUAACUAGUUCCAAGGUAAUGAUGACAUGACCAUAAAAAGAUUUGACCAAAAUCGGUAUGAAGGUGAAGAAAGGGUAAUAUCUUAAAACAUAUGCGCUAUAUGUAUUUGUUUAGGCAACUUCACACUUUGCAGUCGGCACCCAUAGAGUGUGGACCUUUGUCAACUGUGGAAGUCAUGUUUGCCGUUAGGUGGAUACGUCGACUUUACAUAUAUGAGGCUCAUAGCGUUUUGAUUAGUGACGUGACCAUUCAUAGAAUUCUUCACCCAUGUAAGAUAGACACGUAUGUAAACAAAAAAAAACUAUCUCAACUAGCCAGGUGCAAAAUCGCCAGUGUCUGAUCAUGACUUACGACUGCCCAGGCAAACGCUUUUACCCAAACAUUCUGCUUAGCCGGAGAACAUCAUGUCUUUGAGUGCUCCAUAUUGAUCAUGCUUCAUCAGUUUCAUCAGAGUACUUGGUGCGGUGACCCCUUUUAAAACAUUCAGCACAGUAUCUAUAAAUGUAUCGCAUGUAACUGCCUUCCAUUAAACUUUGAUCAGAUUUGAGGAAGCCAAUGAGUAGCAUGGCGUCGUGGUAUCCCAUGCUAUUCCCUUGGUCCAGUUAGCCAAUUACAAACAACUCAGAAAACGGGGGUUCGACUACCGUAUGGUGCGUGUAUGUACACAAAUGUAUCAAGACAAAAAUGCUCAAGGUUGCGAACUAAUUAGACUAAACCUUGACAGACCGUAAUCAUAACCCAACAGGCGAAGUGUGUUAUCUAAUGCGGAACUCUUUGAAACUUUAGGGAUGAAGCCUUGUUGAUGUUGUAUAUAGUCACCUUGCAAUCAUUACACUGCCACCGACUAACAUAAAAUAGCUCAAAACGUUGAAUCAUUUUGACUAUAUACUUAUAUCACUGCUAGUUUGCAUCGCCUACAUGCAGAACACUAAAUAGUAAAUAGGCCAAAAGCAGAUAUAUCCGUCCCGGGCCUAACGUUAUCAGAUUUAGUUCUAAAUCUUCAACAUGUGGCCGAAAUGAUUAUUGGACUGAGUAGAACAAGGAGAAUUAAGACCGUGACUACUAUCAGGAUAGUAUAAUUAAAUGCCUCGCCAGAAAUAUAUUAUAUAACAAACGAGUUUGUUAUGGAAACAUAUUCUAUGAACGUCCGUUACAAGGAGAUAACAGCCAUUAUGUGGACUCAGGAAUAGACAUUAUAUGAACAAGGGUAUUAAAUGAAAACAACUAUUUAUAGCGCUAUUAUGUUUCAAUCUGUGAAGUUGUGGGCUGCAUCUAUAACCGAAACUCAAGUAUCGAUUCAUGUUAACUGGUAGACCAAUACGAAGGCAUACGUUUAAGAGUUGUCAAAUAUAAGGCAAUGUUUCGAUUCUAAUAAAACUGUCCUCCUGAAUACUAGCCGGUUUCCUUUACUUUAUCAAAAUAGCGAAAAGCUAGCUCAGCCACGCUAAAAACCCAAGUUCGAAAUAGCGAGAAACACGCAGUCUGUCCCCUUACAGACGGAUUUCAAAGCACUUGCACUUUCGACGAAAGCCGUGGUUCGUAAUGCCAGCUUACUACACAUUUCGAUGGCAUCUCUGUUUCUGUGUCUAGAGUGUUUUUUUUGUGCCCUUAAUUCAUCUAAAACAAAACUAUUAUAGCAUAGCUAAAAAAACGUUUCUUGUAAUAUCGGAACCCGAUGUAUCCUCUUUAAGGUUAUUUUUGAAGUUUUCACUAACUAUUACUCUGAGAACAAUUUCAAUUUUAUAUACAUAUAUUAUAUACCUUCUCAAAGGAUUAGGUCACCUAGAGUUUAGUUAUCACAGAUAAGUUUCAUUACGAUUAGAUUACAUGGUCCGGCCAUAGUUAUCGUUUUAAUUUGACUUGACGUUUAACUUACUUAUUUAGUGCGGAAAGUGUCUUGUAAAAAGGUAACUCCUUAAUGAGAGUUAUUCCAUUAAAACAAAAAUAGCUCAUACUUUAUUCGUUCAAUAUUUGUACAAAUGCGCUCCACGAUGUACUGAGUGGAAUGUCGAUAUGCAUGUACAGGUGACCCUCUCAUCUCAUUUGCUGGCAAAUGUAAAAGCUAUGCAGCGCCUAAAGAUGGGAACAACGCCUUGCUUAAUUUCAUUCUCGUUUUCGAGAUGAUUCAAGUGAUGUUUGAUUACAAAACAAUUUUAGUUUAGCUCAUCAUGUCAUGUUUUUGUCAAAGUAACGUACCAAAAGACUAUAAUAACACGCGUAAGGACUCAUUGUGCUUUGGCCUUCCUACAUAUGUGUCCACGUAUUCGCUUGUGUAAAUAUAGUUUAGCAUAUAAUAGUGGUCAAUAAUAAAAAUAAAUAAAACUAUUUCAAAACAUCUUCAUAUACUAUAUAAAUAUAUAAAAUCUAUUUAUAUUGGGUUUUUUCGAUAUUUUUUUUGCACACUUCGCUAGAUAUUCUUUGGACAAAAGAAGUUUGUGUUUAUGUGAAAAUGAAUAUCACAACUACCGCAGGUGGUUAGCUAAUCCCAGUUCCAAUGGAAAAAGUCGACCUGCUCAGAAUUCUGCAGGCGUUCGCUCUGCCUUAGACUCAUCACUUAUUUAUGAUCUAUAAUAUAUAUAACGCUCUCUACGGUAGCCAAGGCAAAAUAUAUUGUAGUUUAGGGGAAUGAUUCGAUCAACAUGAACAGCUAGAUAAUUCGUUUUGUUGAGCUCUGUGCAACAUCGUCGUCAUCCCCUAUAAAAAAAAAA